CACCGGGCUUGUAGCUCAGUGGUAGAGCGCUCGCUUCGCAUGCGAGAGGUCGUGGGUUCAAUUCCCACCAAGUCCAUUUUUUUAUCCCUGUCCCGGCCCUGUCCCGGCCCUGUCCUGUCUUGUCUCUUCCCUGUCUCUUCCCCUUCUUCUCAUCCCUGCUUCUUUCUUUCUUUUUCACUCUUCUUUCAUUCUCUACUUCUUUUCUUUCUCUCACACACUCUAUUAUAUAAGUGUCUAUCUAGUAGCUAAUGAUAAUAAAUAAUAAGCUGCUACUAAUCUGAAUAAACCUACUUUUUAAAUUAUAAAAUAGCUAAACUCUAGUUCACUU